AUGCAGAACUUUGAUGAUCUUGAUAUAGAGGGUCGUAAUCCCUCUCAUUUAUCAGAAGCAGAUAAAGAGAAGGAAGAAUAUGAUCGAAAACGUUUAAUGAGGAGCAGUGUCACUGCUGAAGAUGGCACUCUCAGACCUGUGUAUUCUGAAACAGAAGAUGGUGAUAUAUGGUGUCAUAUAUGUAAUAUUGCUCUAUUUGGAGCUCAUAAGUUACUAAAUCAUAAUAUGUGUAAUCGUCACAAAAUGAAAUUAAAUGAAUGGCCAUAUCCAGUUUUAUUGUGGUCCAAGCGAUCAGAUAUCGUGAAAACAGCUCCACCUGUGCAGUCAACUACCAUUGGUGAUGGUCUAGCACCUGGAGAACCAGUACCACCUGGCAUGGAAGACCAAAUAACUAGAACAACUACGAUUCAGAUGAGUCUGGAUCGACAUAGAAGUUCCCCACUUGUUGGUCUCGAAUAUCUACUUGAACUGGUCGAUAAUGAUUCUUGUGAACCCAGUUAUACAUGUGUUUUAUGUGAUAAACGAGGUGACCCUCGUACUGUUAUGGCACACAUUACCAGUUAUAAUCACAGAAUAACUUAUCUGAAUAGACAUUUUCCAACAAUAUCGCGAGCAAUUACGGAACUACCGCGUACUCCUAAUUAUAAGCGUGGAGCUAAUGAAAUAUCUGUGUUAGUGGCUAAGAAGAUUGAAGAACGAUUUGGAAGAUUGCAACCACAGUUGGUUGACAAGAAUCAAUUUGAAAAAAAUAAAAUGCAAUAUAUCAAGAGAGUCUACCAGGAUUAUCACUUUAGGGAAACGCCAGAGUUAACAUUUAUGGAUGUUUACGAUGUGCGAUGGGUAACAAACUUUGAAGAGAAGAUGGCUGAAAUGUCUGGUAAUAGUAGUUCAAAGAAAGAUUCUCAACCAAUCGAUGAGAAGCUAGAUGAAAAACAUAAAACUGAAGAUAAGAAAAAUGAAAAAUCAUCACCGAAGAAAACAGAGUCGAAGUCAGACACCACAAAGUCGGGGUUCAAGAUUCGCAUUCUCACAAGGGAUAAGUUAAAUAUGCGUAAACCCUUAGAUAAAGAUGAAGAAAAUGUGAAAAAAUCUCCCAAACGUCCCUCCGACGAAACGAAAUCCCUCUCGUCACUUUCAAGCAUAUCAAGUAGUCCAUCACCGUCGCGUUCUAGAUCACGGUCACCUAUUCGUAGUCGUAAAGCCAGUUCGGUAGAUAAGAGUGGCAAGUAUCGUAGUAAAUCGCGAUAUUCGCGAGAUCGAACACGUUCUCGCACUCGUUCUCGUUCGCGUUCACCGGAACCGCUUAGGGAGCGAGAUAAAUGGGACAAAUAUCGGGAACAGAUCAGACGCGCGGAAGAAACGCUUGAUCGUGCGUUAAAGUUUCAUGAGAAAAACCCAGAAAAACAUCCAUCUUACCCUGACGAAUGGAAAAAGUUUUGGAACAGACGAUAUAAAGAAUUGCAAGCCGAAGGAAAAGAUCCAAGUAAACACGACUUCAAACCUGAGUGGAUUGAAUUUUGGAACAAACGGAUGCGCGAAAUUCAUAACGAACAGCUGCAACAGCGGAAAGAAGAGAUCAGAACGCGAUUAGAACUACCGGAAGAUAAGCCGCCGGAAAAGUGGAUUCCGCCGAGUAGACGCGAUAGAUCUCCUAAAAGAAGCCGCCAUCGUGUAGAAAGCGACGACGAGGUAGAGUACGUCGGUACGAAAACGAUUAAAGCGGAUUAUUACGAUCGUCACGACAUGAGAGAACGUGAUUACGUGUAUUCUUCGUACAUGCGUGGACGGGGAAGUAUGUACAGAAGCAGCUAUUACCCCCGUGGUGUUCCACCCCGCACAAGAUCGAUACAUUACGCAACACCGUACCCGGUGAAGGAUAAAUCACCGAGCCCUAUACCGGAUGAGGUGUUAACCGAGGAUCUAGAAGUUGUCGGCUUAUUGCGAUUGCUUACGGCACUCGAGGGUCAAUUAGGCUCUCUUGGACCAAAGAUAGUGUGCCUUCUUUCGAAAGCAUUAGCUGCGGAAAAGGCGAAACCUAAUUCUGCUGAAGAAUUAUUAUAUGACGAAGAAGUAAGUGUAUUGUUUGAGACGGUUAAAGAGAAAUUGAAAGGGCAACUGUUCGCAGGAAUGAUAGAGAAAAUGGCUAUAACACCGACAAAAACCGCGAUACAGAAUAUUGCUCAAUUACUGCAUAAAGCAACAGAGAGCAAAAAGAAAAUGGAAGAAGAGAAGAAAAAGAAGCGAGAAUUAGAAGCUGCUAGGUCUACGAGUUAUAUGACUAGAACGGUUUAUACGAGGCCAGUUGAGAUUAUUACGCCUGUAAUUAAAUCUGAACCCGUUAGCGUACCUGGUGUAGGCACUGUAGAUAAAGUAGCAAUAGCUCAGCAAAUAGCGGCUGCUUUGGUAGCGCAAGGUAGAUCAAAUGUGUCGCAAGAAGAGCUCGAAACUCUUAUUAAUGCGGUUGUUGGAAUGGCCGAGGCAUCCAAGAAUUCCGAUAAACCGGUAACUACUGCAGAUUUUGUUAAGGGACUGGCAAGCAAUAAUUCCCUUUCUCAAACUACAACGUCUACGCCUUCAACUUCAACGGCACCAGAUGCGGUCGAACGUCAAACUUCCAGGAUGGAGAGUCUCUCGGAUGUAGACUUGAAGUCACUUUUGCAGAACUUCAAAGACUUGAACACACAGGAGCAACAUGGACUCAUUAACUUUUUAAGGAAGUUAGAGGUGACCGAUCCGAUUCGGGUAGAGAAGUUAAGAGAGUUCGUAAACUUGGGCACGACAUCGGUACCGAUGUCAGCGCCAAAAAUAAAGUCUCCGACGCCGGAGAAAAUAGAAACCGUUAUUAAAUCGAGCAAAAGCAUCUCACCGUUCUCUGUGCGUAAAGGUAAUCAAAAUCCUGUAGAAGAAGAGGAUAAAUGGAAACCGAAGAUAGAUAUGUUCGCGAACGAUGACGAGGAAGAACAACAGAUUAAGAACGACAGUGAAGAUAAGCAAAAAACGAAGUUAGACUUAUCGGAUGACGAUGAUGAUUAUACGUUUGAGGAUAUAUAUAAGGCGGCAGAUAAAAACGUCAAUGAGAAUGAAAAAGCGAAAAAGAAGUCACGAGCAUUCUCGAAAUCGGUGUCGAACUCACCAAAAUCAUGGACGCAUUCUCGUUCGCGUUCAAGAUCUCAUUCUCCGGUAAGGGCGAAAGAAUUAACGAAGACCAACGAUCCAAAUGCAAUUUUAAACGAGACCAAGCGAUUGAUAGCUAAUAUAAUGGGCGAUCUUCCGAACAAAUACGUGCCAAAGUCGCAUCUACCGCUCGGGACCGAGAAUACUGAACAAAAUAUUGUAAAAUCGGUAGAUCCAAUGAUUAACGCAUCGGCGACCCCGGUGUCGAACUUUUAUAAUCAAGGAUAUGUUCAGAAUACGCAACAAACUUGCUCCCGUCCACAAGGACUUCCUUUAAGUUAUCCAAGCAUGUCCAAUCAACAGUUCCAAAAUUAUCCUCAACAGGUUUAUAGUGGUAAUCAGGGUUACAUGGACAAUGGUUAUAAUUACCAAGGUUACGGUGGGCUAGGAAAUCAGGGUCAAUACAAUGGACCGUCCAUGGCAACAAAUCAAUACCCAACGCAACAGAAUUACGAUGGGUCAGCUUAUGUUGGACCGCCCGCCGGUCAUUCUUCGAGUUAUACACAGCAACAACCACAGCAACAAUACGGAAGUUAUGUGCAACAACAACGUUUUUAUUAA